AUGACACUGCUUACAUUCAGAUGUUGGCAGAACCUUCACCAAUCUGACUCCAGCCUAAACUUCUACCAAGCAAGACUUGUGCUGCAGGGCACAAAAAUGGCCACGGAGUCAGACAACGACUGCCCCAUUUGCCAGGACACUUGGAAGGAUGUGGCUUCUGCUCUGCCCUGUCACCACCAGUUCUGCCUGGGCUGUAUCCUGCGGUGGGCUCGGAGAAACCCAGUGUGCCCACUCUGCAGAAGAACAAUAGAGACCAUCCGGUUUUCUGACUAUGGAGAAGGAGACUAUCUGGAGACAGCCAUCACAGCCGCUGAGGAGCUGCCAGAUGGCAGCAGCAUGGCAGGGAGAGCUCCUGACGGCCUGGAUGAGAACAGCCCCCAUCCCCCUGGGACAAACCAUUCAUUUUCUCCACAGGAGAUACUGUCCCAAGCAGAGCAGGAGGGUUCAGGCAGUAUCCUGCCGGAGGACUGGGCAGAACUUUUCCGUCAACAAGAGCAUCUCCUGGACCCUGUGUGGCCCUGGCUGCGCCAGAGGCUGGAGGGAAUAUACCGGGGCUGGUGGUGGGUGGUAGAGACCAUAGAGAGCACCAUCCUGCAUGGCCUCUGCAUAUAUGGGCUGAAUGCAGAGGUCUUGAUUGAAGUGCUGGAGCUUCUCCUCCAGGAACACGCCGCGCCACUGAUCCACAGUGCCAUCAACAUCAUUGUGGGCCAGUGCAGUGAGGAGGCCCAGAAACUGAUGCACUCUGAUGCAGUCAGAGAUGAGAACAACAGCCCUGUGGCCACAGCCAGCUCCAGCAGCUCCAGCUACUCCAGGAGCUCCAGCUUCAGCAGCUCCAGCUUCAGCAGUUCUCAGAAGGAAACUCCUGCCAGCAGCCUCACAGGCUCUGACAUGGAGGAGGAACCUGCUACAUCAGAGGCCUCCCUCCUGCCCCAGGGCAGCAGCCACAGCCCCUCAGCUCCCAGCCAGGGCAGGGAGUGAUUGCCUGGGGGAUCCCAGCACCCCCCAGACAGGAGGGCCCCCAGCUCCCAGGACUCUCCGCAGCCCUGCAAGAGGCCGCCCCACUGGCAGUGCUGGCAGGGCUCUUGCAAUUCUUUAUUCAAGGAAAAGGAAAUAAAUUGUUAUUUCCCUCA